ACGUUUUUCUUCUGCUUUUCUUUUAUCCUGGGCUCUCUGAUUCAGCCUUUCUCUAUCUAAAUUGGACAUGACCGGGGUUUCGAACCGCGGUCGAUGAUGGCAGCUCUCGAACCCAAAUUUAUGCUCUGCUAAAGUGUCUGGAAAAUCAGUUAUACGUGGUUGAGCUUAUUUUAUUCUUUCAGUGCAUUCAACAGUUGAGAACCAUAUUUAUUUUGCUGCUGGUUAACUGAAGAUAUUAUAGAGAAGACUGCACCCGAUAUUUUAUUCAAGUUUUGUGCUUCAAGAUUUGUAGUAUCAUGGAUUUGGGCUUUGUACACAGUGGAUGGCUUUUGCUAGUGAAUGGUGAUCCAUGAACUACUGAGUUGCUUGAAAUUAUGGAAGUUGAUGUGGAGGGAAUGGAAUCUACUUACCAAAUUAAAUUGAAAUUAUAGGGGAGUGCAGCACCUUGCCAGAUGUUAAUGUACACUAAUUGUUUGCGUGAGAGUCAAGAUUGUCAGCAGACAAGGAAUUAAAAGCAAUGAUCAAAAUUAUGUCCUGCGCAGGGAAAGAUUAAGGAUUCCAUCAUGCUGAGCAGAUGUAGCUAAUCUAGAUUGAAUUAAUUUUAUGACAGGUCCCAUGACUUUUUUAAUCCUGGAGGUUAUUUUUCAUUGUUCUGUGACUGUGAUCAGAUACUAGCACAAACAAGUAAGAAAAUGGACCAGAAAACUCAGAAAAAAUAUCCACUCAGGUCAGCUGAUUACAAGUUAUACGAGGAGGUUGGUCAAGGUGUUAGCGCAACUGUAUACCGUGCUCUUUGUAUACCAUUCAAUCAGAUUGUUGCUGUUAAAGUUUUAGAUUUGGAGAAAUGCAAUAGCAAUUUGGAUGGAAUUCGUCGUGAAGUGCAAACAAUGAGCUUGAUUGACCAUCCAAAUGUUUUGAGAGCACAUUGUUCUUUUAUAACAGAUCACAGUCUUUGGGUUGUAAUGCCAUAUAUGUCUGGGGGUUCUUGUCUUCAUAUAAUGAAAUCAGCCUACCCAGAUGGAUUUGAAGAACCAGUCAUUGCAACAUUUUUGCGGGAAACUUUAAGGGCUCUAGAUUAUCUACAUAGCCAUGGACACAUACAUCGAGAUGUUAAGGCUGGCAACAUCUUAGUUGAUGUGGACGGUGCAGUUAAACUUGCAGACUUUGGGGUCUCUGCUUGCAUGUUUGACUCUGGUGAUAGGCAACGCUCGAGGAACACUUUCGUGGGGACUCCAUGCUGGAUGGCACCUGAAGUCAUGGAACAAAUUCAUGGAUAUGAUUUCAAAGCUGAUAUAUGGUCCUUUGGGAUAACUGCGCUAGAACUUGCCCAUGGUCAUGCUCCAUUUUCCAAAUAUCCCCCCAUGAAGGUUUUGCUUAUGACCUUGCAGAAUGCACCACCAGGUUUUGACUAUGAAAGGGACAAGAAAUUUUCAAAGUCUUUCAAGGAAAUGGUGGCUAUGUGCUUAGUAAAGGAUCCUACAAAGCGACCUUCAGCAGCAAAGCUUAUGAAACAUCGCUUCUUCAAGCAUGCCCGUUCAAAUGACUAUAUAGAACGAACAGUGCUGGAUGGUUUGCCUCCACUUGGUGAACGUCUUAAGAACUUGAAGCUGAGAGAAAUGAAUAAAGUGGCACAAAAUAAAGUUGCGUUUGAAGAGAAAGAAGAGAGAUCACAGAGUCAAUACAUCCGUGGGAUCAGUGAGUGGAAUUUCAAUUUAGAGGAUUUGAAGGCACAGGCUGCUUUGAUUCAAGAUGAUGAUGAAGUUCCUUCUUCAAAGAAACAUCCAAUAGAUUCAAAACCCACAGGAGAAAAUUUGAAAUCAAUGGGAGUGGUGCCAAGCUCUGACUCUCCGUGGACCAUUCAUUCUCGUAAAAUGGAGUCAAUUGGUAAGGAUGGAGAUCAUGAUAUAUGUGUUCGGCCAGCCCCUCUCUCUUCACCUUUAUUACCUCAGACAGUAAAUUUUCUCAAGGAGUCCUUUGAUGUUAUUGAUGAUGGGACCAAUGCAUGUAGCCCGACUGGGAAGGAGUCUACGAUGCCUCGACAUUCAAGAUUGGAGACUUUGCAGACACAGCAGGACUAUUUUGACAGUUCCAAGGUUAGAAGGAAGAAUUCUGAUAAAGAUUGCAAGCUUAGUGAGGAUGUUUUUCAUGCUCCUGUACAUGGUCAUAGAGUCUUAAGUGGGCCACUUGUUCCAGAACAUGUGCUUGCAUCUUGCAGUGUGGGACCAGGAGAUGGAGACAGGGAGAAACACCAAAGACAACUCCAGCAGAGAAAUUGUAGUGGGCCAUUAGUGGCCCGCAGUGCAACAAAUAUCGAUAGAUCUUAUGACUCUCUAAAGCCAUUAGAUGAGUCAAUGGGGCCAUCUGUACAGCAAAAGGGGCGCUUCAAAGUUACAUCAGAAGAUGUGGAUCUGGAGGCCUUUUCUCAAUCAACUCCAAAUCCUCCAUCUUUUGUACCAUUGAGUGAUGCUAGAAGUGUGCCAACUUCUUCAAUCCUUCCAUCAUUGCAAAGUAUUAUAGAACAUAAUAGCAUACAAAAGGAAAAAAUUAUCAAUUUGAUAAGAGAUGUGCAAUGGGGAGAAACUCCAGCUCAACAAUAUCAAAACUUUGAAUUACAAUCCUCCAAAUGGGGUACUACUGCAAACUUUAUGGGGGGAACAUCUUCAGAUCGAGAGCAUGAACUUCUACAGCAGAUAGCUGAGUUGGAACACAGGGUUGUGAAUCUCAGUGAUGAGUUGAAAAGAUUGAAGAUCAGAAAUAUUAAGCUUGAGCAGCAAUUGAGUGCUGCAUUAAGGAAGAGAAAGGAUGGAAGGAAAGGAGAGGAGACUUCUCAUGACCUGUUUUAAAUAAGUUAGAUAUACUUUCCCUCUCCGUUGGCCAUUUGUUGUUGGGGCUUCAAUCCUAAGGAUAUGAAGUAAGAUUUUGAAACCCUACUUCAGACAGGUAUAGCUAGUUGUUCAUGUUUUGUAGUCAAUUGAUGAAUAUGUUUAUAAUUACGUAAGAGUGAGUGGGUGUGGUUAUAAUUUAUUGUAUCAAGCCCUUCUGUCCUAUUUGAUCACUCAUGAGCAUUGGUGUAAUCUGUGUAUGUGUGCACGCACAUUUAUGCUUGUCCAUGUAAUUUAGUUGAUGCAUUGAAAUUAUAGAGCAGAGAAGGUGAUCACAAGUUUGUAAAGAGAUAAUUUUUGAGAAUGUCUCCUCAAAAUUGGCAUGAUUUGCCUCCAAUUUGAAUGUGUAUAUGCGAUUUAGUUUCUCCUCCGCCAAAAACUUUGGAAAGAAUUAAGUGGCUCCCUCUCGGAUGAAGUUGUAUAUUGUUUAUUUUCAGUCCUCAUUUCAAUUUAGAAUAAAAAAUAUAAAUCCAGGUUAGCUCCAAGCCACUCCCA